UUCUGCACUCCUCUCCACGGAGGAAACACGGAAAGUGGUGGAUUGUCACGGAUUUCACCGGCUCGAUCUGUUGUAAGAACCUGACCGCUGUGAUCCAGAGAGGAUGCCUUCCACGCAGGACUGGAUCAACGAUCCUCUGGGUGUGGUUGAGGGGAUGUUCGCUGCUGCUCAGAACAACCGGACCACAGGAUGGGAGGCGAAGGUAGUGGAGUUCUUCAAAGAGCAGCUAAAGGAGGACACUCAGACCACGGUCCCGUCCCUGAACGAUGUCCCCCUUCACUACCUGAAGCCCAACGGUCUGGUGAAGUUCCGCUGUUUGAUCCAGGACAUGUUCGAUCCUGAGUUCUACAUGGGGGUCUACGAGACCAUCGACCCGUCCACCAACGCCAAGACUCUGCGCUGUGGGCGUUACAGAGAUGUGACAGAAUGUGCCGUGGACUUUAACUCCAGAAACAUGGUGACGGCAGAGAGGCAGACCUUCUACUGUGUCCCAGUCCCUGGAGAGAACCCGUGGGUCAAAGAAAUGUACGCCGGCUCCAGCCAGGCUCGGGUCGUCCCGUCCACCUCCUACGUCCCCAGCAGACAGAAACGGAGCUACGAGGAGGAGGAGGAGGACGAGGACAUGGACGUCCAGCCGCAGAAGCAGAGAGAAGGACACGCCGGUUGUCAGAGUCCGMCUGAACAGCACGGUAACGGUGACUGUAAGCGUCAAGAGACAGAGGCUCCGUCCAGCCAGACGUCCUCGACCUCCCAUCUGGACCUCAACUUCCCGCUGCCUGGAGAGAAGGGCCCYUCCUGUCUGGUUAAGGUCUACGAGGACUGGGACAGCUUCAAGCUGAACGACACGUUGGAGGUCUACGGGAUCCUGUCKGUCAGUCCGGCUCUCAGCGGGCUGAGUGAUGAGAAAGACCCCCUCCUGGACCCGGCGGAGAGCAUGGAGACAGCGGAGGAGCAGAGGGUCCACAGCCCGCCGGCCUCCCUGGUCCCUCGCCUCCACAUGGUCUACGCCAGACCUCUGRCUCACAACAACCCGCUGCUGCCGUGCGCCAGCCUGCAGGACGACUUUCUGAGCUCGACGCUGAGUGAGAUGGCCUCCGUCAGGGAGGAGCUGCACGCCUACUUGACCCGAGUCCUCCUGGGUGACGCUGUGGCUGCAGAGUACCUCAUCCUGAACCUCAUCUCUAACGUUUACGCCCGACGGGACGUCCUCCCGCUCGGUAAGUUCACCGUCAACCUGAGCGGCUGUCCUGGCGUCGCCUCGUACACCGAGCGCCUCUACCAGAUCCUGCAGCAGCUGGUGUCUUCUUCUUACUACCUGGGCAUGAGCCUGCACAACAUGAACCAGAUGCGGCUGGUGCCCAAGAAGGACUACGUGGCGAACCGGCUGGUGAGCGGAGCUCUGCAGCUGGACAAGAACACCGCUCUGUUCCUGGACGAGACCCGGCUGGAGCAGGGACAGCUGGACUCCACGGGUGUGCGUAACGUCACGGCCCUGGGGAACCUGAUCUCGUGGCAGAAGGUUGAUUAUGACUUCAACUACCAUCAGAUGGAGUUCCCCUGCAACGUCAACGUCCUGGUGGUGUCGGAGGGACGCUCGCUGCUGCCGUCCGACUGUCGCGUCCACCUGCWGCCUCAGGUGGCUCCGUUCACCGUGGAGGAGUACGCCAGCAGCAUCCAGGUCCAGCCGCAGGCCUCGGCCCAGCUCAACAAGUUCCGGGUCUACCUGAGCGCGGCCCGCCUGCUGGACUACAGCAUCUCUGAUGAGGUGACGAAGGCCGUUGAAGAGGACUUUGUGGACAUGAGGAAGGACGACCCUCAGAGCAUCUCUGCCGAGGACCUCCACAGGAUGCUUGUCGUGUCCAGGUUGUUGUCUCUCAGUCUGGGACAGACGUCUCUGUCCAGAGACACCUGGCUUCGAGCCAAACACCUGGAGACGCUGCGGAGGAGUCGGCUGGAGCAGCACAGGAGCGUCAACGGCAACGAGCCGUGAGCCGAGACGGACGGACGAGUUUUCCUUUUGAUAAAACUCUUUGUAAUAAACGUUUUUCAUGUGUCCUUAUUUUCACCUUUUUGUAUAUUAUAUGUAACAUCUGAAUGAUUGUCCUUUUCUAUUAAACUUAAAAGUAUUUUUGCUGCAGAACAAACA